CGCCUGCUCGUCGCUCUCACUCGCCCGAAGCCCCGUUAGCGAAACACCUGUGCGCUGCGUGGAGCUUUACCUGCCAAAGCUUGAACACCACAAAGAAAGAAAGAAAAAAGAAAAGAAAAUAAUGACAAAAAAUAAAUAAAAAUGACAAACCAGCACAAAAACUCUACGGUGUAAGUACGCCAUCUUUCAACUACCGAGCACUUAGGAGUAACAACAGGAGGAUGUGCUCGACUAUGGCCUCAGGGGGUAGCCUCGACGGAGGAGGAGGUCCUGGAGGAGGAGGAGGAGGAGGAGUAGGAGGAAUAGGAGGAACAGGACCAGUAGGAGGACAAACUGGAGGAGGAGCAGGAGGAGCUAAGAGUACGAACACAACAACAGCAGGAGGAGGAGGAGGAGGAGCAGGAGGAGCAGGAGGUAUCGUAGGAAGCACAACGGAUGUCAAGAUGAGGAGGUUCACGCUUCCUAAUCUCUUCCUGACCGUCGAGGGGAAGGAGAGGAAGUUGGAGGAAAUUUGCCCCGGGAUCUACGAGUAUUCAGACUCCCAGCGGAAACGGAGGUCACCUAAGUCCCCGAGGUCACCUAAAUCCCCCAGGUCACCCAAAUCGCCCAGAUCAUCCCCUAAGUCACCGAGGAGUGCCAAGAGUACGUCGCCCCUGAGCCCGAGGUGCCACUGCCACUGUCACAGGCACUGUCUCCACGCGAAGCAACAUGAGGAGCAGGGAUCUUCCACGGCAUCCUCACCCAGUCCCAGGAGGAAGAGACCGCCCUACAGCCACAUCCUUCUGAGUGACAGGAAACCCUCUGCAGGAAACCUCUUGGCUACAACUUUCGGCAUCACGGAUCGGGACUCGUCGACGCAGUCUCUGCCUCUCAUACACGAACGAGAGAAGGAGCACGCGCGCCUGGUGGUGGACCGGCCGGAGAUCAAGGACCAGCAGGCGGGCUUCGAGGCGCUGGGCGGCCGCUGCGAGUCGUGCGGGACGUGCGACGAGAGCUGCCUCAAGAAACUCGGCCUCGAGCACGAGGACGGCUCGCGCUCGCCCUCCAGCAUCUCCCCGAAGGCCGAGAAGAUGUACACCUUCUUCGAGAAGAGCCUGUCGCUAGUGAGCCCCUCGCACUCGCGGCUGGGCGACCACCUGGCGGCGCGGGAGAAGCGCAGCCAGUCGUUGGCCACGCCCGCCGCCAUGGCCAACGUGGUCCACUUCCGCGAGCUGCACGAGCGCCGCGCGGAGGACCACCUCCUGCGUACCGUCAACCUCGCCGCCUCUAACGCCGUCCUGUCGCGCAUCACGGCGCGCCUCAAGGCUGUCACCAACACGCAGGAGUCCGUCGAGGAGGUGGACGAGGAAGUGGAGCGGUCGGCGGCCGCGGCCAUGACCAAGGACGCGGUGGACCGGGCGUCGAGAGCGCGGCGGGGCAAAGGCCAGGCGACCAGCGAGGGCGCGACGCCGGAGUCUGCGGCGGAGGAGGAGGAAGAGGAGGAGGAGGAGGAGGAGGAGGAGGAGGAGGAAGAAGUCGCCGCGGAAUCCGAGAUCCCUAAGAUAACAGCGGCAGAAAAAUCAAAGACGAAAAUGACGCCCAAAGGGAAACCUUCGAUGGAGCCAGAAGCAAAGGGCGAAGCUCCGGAGACGACGACCCCUAAGGUGAAAGACGCAGCCCGUUCCUCCGCAGAAACACCAAAGACCAAGGGAGACGACUCGACUUCAGGCGACCCAGUGGCAUCCAGUCAAGUCGUUUCUCCUGGCGCUGCAGCCAAAUCACUCGGUCUGACAGAGGAACCGACAGCGAUGUGCCUCCAGGAACACCAGCUGACGGCCGUUCCUCAUGCUGACCCGAGCCAGACAGAGCACAAGCGAAUCAAAGAUGACCCCCUUGUUAAAUAAUAUUUUUUAUUGAGUUACCCAUACCUUACUUGUGAGUUCUUUCCCUCGUUUUCUUUAAAGAAAAAGGAGCGUGUUCGAUGCAAGAAACACUCAACUAAAGAGAGUUUUGUGGUGGUUUGUUAAUACGUUAAAUUACUUUUUUUUUCUCUUUUUACUUAAUCAAAAAUGUGUAUACAUGGAAAAAUCUUUAUCGGUGUAAAUCAUAUACUGAAAGGACAAUAUAGUGUCUGCUAUAAUAUGGACUUUUUGUAAUUACAUAUAGCGUGCUUCAUCUUCAUAUUGUAACUGCAUAGUUAUGUGUUAAGGAAAUUAUCAUGUCGAUAUAAAUGUUACCUCAGUAAUACUUGUGAUAAAUCUCUACAAUUUGAACUUUCCUUCUAAUAAUACUUUGAGAAAAAAAAUGGAGAUAAUGCCACAUUCAAAGUAAAAAAAAAAAAAAUCUUAUUAUAAUGAUAGUAAAUGAUAAUACAAAAUGAACGAAGAAAUGUGGAAUUUAAAAAUCUUACAUUGUCGUCUCCAUAAUGCUGUCGUAAACAAAAUGUAUUUUCACUUUCUUCCAUUCAGCAAAACACAGAUUGCAGAAGAGUUGAAAUAGCUGUUUCUCCUUCCUUCCUUCCUUAGAGUUCAUCCAUAUUUUUUUCCUUUCAUACUUUUCACAAGCAUACAAAAAGUAAUUUUUUAUCCUAAGACCACCCCUCUCCCCUCCAGACUGUACAGAGUAAAAAAAA